GAGUUUGAGAAGAUUGCGGCAGUCGCCGCGCAGACUGCCAACGACGAGUUCUCUGCCAAAGCCAUCUUUGGGACCAGUGAAGGCAUCAAGCGCCGGAAGGACCGACUCCUGCAAGAAGUUGAAGAGGAAAUCUCGCGUGCACGCGAUGAGAAC